AGACUCUCCAUCAUCUUGCAACGGCAGUUUUCUCGUCUUAAUCGAGCCAAGCUGUCUCGCGUUUCACGAAAAAAACAACACCGAGCGUUCGCCCCCCGUUUCCUCCUUGCGUUUUUCCAACCAGCACCCUGUCGUUAACAAAUUCACCCCCUUGACAAACCCUCCACAAAUGGCUGAUCCUGGUGAAAGUUUAAUAAGUGCCUUCAUCGAAUCCCUAACGAGGAUUCACAUCGUUGAAACAGCGGGCAUCAACUUUCUAAAAUUCCCCCAAUUCCCAGUCGUCCAAAUGCUAAUGAAAGAGUUGAAUUUGUGUGCACACGAUCACAGCUUCGUACCACCGUGGUAAAAUAAUCAAAAACUAAAAACGAGUGCCUUUUAUCGUCACUCAACGAGUGAAAAAUCCACAACAGAUGGGCGAUUGAGAAAUUCACAAAGAACGGACUCAUAAACUAUUUUCUUUAGUUCUUAAGUAGUGUUAUUAGUGGGGUGAAAAUGCCGAUAUUUGCCUUGCAGCGUUCUUACAAGUACAUGAUGUACGCCACCAAACAACCCUCUUUAAGGAUCAAUCAAGCCGAUCUCAAGUGCAAAAAUGGGUGCGGAUACUAUGGAAACGCCGAUUGGGACGGUUACUGUUCAAAAUGCUACCGCAACCACAUGGACCAGGAGCGCCAACGAAAGGCGCGCCAAAGUCACUCCGACCAAACCAAAGUCUCUGGUUUUUCGAAAUUCGAAGAAAAGAAGCGCCAACAAACCGACAAGAAGAACAAAUAUUUGAAAAGUUUGCCCGUUUUUCGCAAAACUUCAAGCGCUAAAGAUUCGGGUCGUCCGGAGCGUCAUUUGGAUUUGAGACAAGCGAAUCCAGAUGCUGAUAAAUUGACGGCUGAAUUUAUUUCGCUCUAUGGGGUUUGGGGUGAACAAGUCCGAAGGGACUUUUUCAAGUGUGUUCAGUCGUUCACAACGAAGAUCUACAGCGAGUUGGAGAAUAAACCGAUCGAGGAUAUUGCCGAAAUGGCGCAGAAAUAUUACAAUUUGUACAGUAAUCGGGUCAAUAAUACGGAGACGUAUCAGGAAGUUACAACAGACGUUCGGGAUGAGUUGUUGGAUUUUUUCGAAAAGUACGUCAUGGUCAGUCUUUACAGUUGGCUGUUUUGCCCACCGAGCACCAACGACGAAGAGAAAGACUUGAUAAUACAAGAACGCAUACGCAAGCUUAGUUGGGUCAACGCACAUCAUUUAGACUGUUGCAUUAGCGAAACUAGUAUAGAAGUUAGGGAUUUAGUUUACACAGCCAUCACACAUUUACUCGGAAUGGAUUCAAUGAAAGCACCACAAGACAAGCUGUCUUGUGUUGUUUCCUGUUGUCAGAGUGUCGUCAAAGUUUUGCAACAUUGUCAAGGAGGUCCAGUUAGUGCCGAUGAAUUUUUACCAGCUCUCAUUUUCAUCGUCUUGAAAGCGAAUCCGGCACGACUGAAAAGUAACAUUCUUUACGUAACGCGUUUUUGCAACGACAGUCGAUUAAUGCAAGGGGAAGCCGGUUAUUAUUUCACUAAUUUGUGCUGCGCCGUUUCGUUUAUUGAAAAUUUGACCGCUGAGUCGUUAAAUAUGCCUCAGCAAGAGUUCGAGGCUUACAUGAACGGAGAGAUAACAUCGGUAAGUGCCUGGGAAUCGGCACUUGUGGCAUGCGAAGGCAUGCACCAGCUGUGCGAACACUUGUCUCUCCUUAAAGACUUGUCGAUUCGCACGAACACGGUUCAAGACGAAACGAAAAAACUAACUGACGAUAUUUUAAAAUUCAAAGAGGAGAUGAACGAGAAAGUUAAUUCGGUUCUGGAGCGCACUCCACUUAUCAUCAAGCCGCGUAAAACCCCAGAACUUAGUGAAAAGGUUGACGACACUCAAAACAGUCAAAAUUUCUAUUUGCAAAAUCUCCAAAUCGCCACAAGUAACAUCGACGAUGCCAAAACUAAAUUACAACUAGACAUCACACCGUGCGUUAGUAAAACAUCGCCGACUGACGAUCACAGUCUCUCUAAAAUCAACUACGAUAUCGAUUUUUCCGACUUAAGUGGCGAGAGUAGUUUGGCUGAAUUGACCCCAGAAAAGAGAAAAUCGCCAAGUUUCACACCGGAUCCCUUCAGUCCAGUUGGGAGCAGUUGCCCGAUAACACAGGCUCCUUUAAUACCGACAAAACCGGACGAUUUUGUUUUACCGUUCGUUGAAACGCAAGAAACUCUAUUAGAGAAAGAGGACGAAGGACCGAAUUUACCAUCGCCGAUUAAACCAAUGACGGCACAAUAUUCGGGGUUUUCCAAACAGGGGUGGCAAAUACCCAGCAUUCCGUGCAUUACGGGGGAGCUGGGCGCCAAUGCAUCACAAGCCAAUAGUCAGACGAGUCAGGAUAAGGAGAAUUAACUGUAUCAAUGUUUUAAAUAUAUUUUAUUCCCAAUUU